AUGGACGGUUCCGCUCAAGUUACCGGAAAAAUUUGCGGAAGCGUCGGAAGACUUGUUUUUUUCGGAACCCACCCUGGGAACCUGUCCUGGAAAGGAACAAACCGUAGCCCCCGGUACAUUGGCUGGCGUGGUCCUUCGUGGUCAAAGACGCUGUCAACCUCGUCCUGUUGGCCUUCCCUCGGCAUGAUCAGUUCCACAAACGCGUUUGAACCGCUGGCCACGCCGCCGGCUCCCAAGCUGCUUCAGGUGACGGGCUCAAAAAUGUCCGCUGCCCGCCGGCGGAACGCCGUCGCAGUUCCGGCUCGAUCUGUCGACGUCGACGAGGAGCUGCUGGAAACUGAACGCUUCCCCGAGUUCCGCAACGAUUUGUGUUGGCCAUUGAGGCGGCUCUCGGUUCGGUAGACCUCCGGCAGAACCUUGGCGAAGACAAAAAAAGCAAGCCGUCCCCACCGUGGAAGGUUCAUCCACUCGAUCAACCUCUCCCAAAGCAACUUCCUCCAGGACCCCCCGCCGCCUCCUCACACUAUGGUUUGACUUCGGCCAAUACCCGAAGGUCUUUGACGCCCUCGUCGAGGGCAUGCGCAUGUUCAAGAUUAUCACC